CUUCAUAUAACCCACCAUUCACCAACUCAGUAUCAACACAUAUCUAGCUCCAAAUUCUAUACUAUUACAUAAGGGGAAAAAAACACUUCAAAACCAACCCAAGUUUUUUCAUUUUUUCCCAUCCACUCUUUGCUGUGAUUCCUGAUAGGAAUAGAGAUGGUGUUGGCUUCCCCAAACCCAAUCAAGAACGAAAGGAUCAUACCCAAUGAGCUUCCCACUGUGGACCUUAAGGCUGAAAGGUCGGAGGUAACAAAACUCAUUGUGAAAGCAUGUGAAGAGUAUGGUUUCUUCAAGGUGAUCAACCAUGGUAUCAGCAAUGAAACUAUAGCCAAAACUGAAGAGGCAGGGUUUAGUUUCUUUGGGAAACCGGUGACACAGAAGAAACUGGCUGCACCUGCAUAUGGCUCCAAGAACAUAGGGUUCAAUGGAGACGUGGGUGAGGUUGAGUACCUUCUUCUCAAUGCUACCACUCACUCCAUUGCUCAGAUAUCCAAAAGUAUAUCCUCUGACUUCAGCUCUACCUUAAGUGCUUACGCUGAGGCAGUGAAGAAGUUAGCAUGUGAGAUUUUGGAGUUAAUUGCAGAGGGCCUGGGGGUCCCCGACACUUGGGUUUUCAGCAGAUUCAUAAGGGAUGCCGACAGUGACUCUCUCCUUAGGCUCAAUCACUACCCACCUAUGCCUAUUAUUAACGCACAUUGCAAGGACAACAACAUGCCCUUUAACUACACCAAGGUUGCCUUUGGAGAGCAUUCUGACCCUCAGAUCUUAACCAUUCUUAGAUCCAACGAUGUGGGUGGCCUUCAAAUCUCUCUUCAAGAUGGGGUCUGGGUCCCAGUCAACCCUGACCCCUCAGCUUUCUACGUUAACGUGGGUGAUGUACUAGAGGUCAUGACAAAUGGAAGAUUUGUGAGCGUGAGACAUAGGGCUAUGACAAACUCAUACACAUCAAGAAUGUCAAUGGCAUAUUUUGGGGCUCCACCACUGCAUGCUUGCAUUGUUGCUCCACCAAUUAUGGUUACACCCCAGAGGCCCUCUCUCUUCAGAUCAUUUACUUGGGCCGAUUACAAGAAGGCCACAUACUCUCUAAGGCUUGGAGACAGCCGCAUUGAACUUUUCAGAAAGUGCAAAGAAAUAGAGUAA